GACAUGCAGCUCCUUGUCCAAGCCCAGGAGCUACAUACUCUCAAGGUGACCGGCCAGGAGGUGGUCACCCAGAUCAAGGCUCCUGUAGCCUCACUGGAGGGCAUCGCUCCAGAAGCUCAAGUUGUGCUCUUGGCAGGCACACCAUUAGAGGAUAAGGCUACCCUGGGUCGGUGUGGAGUGGAGGCUCUGAUCACCCCAGCAGUAGCCGGCCACAUGCUUGGAGGUGAAGUCCAUGGUUCCCCAGCCCAUGCCAGGAGAGUAAGAGGGCAGACUCCCAAGGCGGCCAAACAGGACAAACAGAAGGAGACAGGCCGAGCCAGGCGGUGGAUGUAUACAACCGGCGCUUUGUCAAUGUUGUUGCCCACCUUUGGCGAGAAGAAAGGCCCCAGUGCCAAUUCUAAAAUCCAUUGUAGUCCUGGCUUUCCCCCAAUGAGAGUUUUCUAUGACUCCAUAGGUCUCCACAAGACAGCAUGGACCCCAACACCCAAGCUGCUCGCUGACCCGAUAAAGAACUUGCAUAGCCAAAGCUCUGGAAAUGCGAGAAAUAGGACGCUUUCUGCCCACUAA